AAUUGGAAUUCCCUUCUCUUCUCUCAUAUUUUUUUCUCAACAAAGCUCAAAGUUACAAGCUUUUGAUCUGGCAAUUGGUCUCGCUGUAGGUUAAGUUCCAGUUUCCUGAUUUGGGUUUAUCUUGUACGGAACUUCACAAUGGCUGCAAGAAUCCUUGCUAAUAUAAUUGUCAUGGGCUCUACAAUAUUGGCACGGUCUUUUGUUCAAGCAUAUCGUCAGGCACUGGCUAACGCCUCUAGGAAUGGGGUUGCUCAAGAAGCAGUACAGAAUAUGAAAAGAGCUAGUAAAACCAUGACUGAUGUAGAGGCAAGGCAGAUUCUCGGUGUCACUGAGAAUGCAUCGUGGGAAGAAAUCAUGCAGAGAUAUGAUAACUUGUUUGAGCGAAAUGCUAAAAAUGGAAGCUUUUACCUUCAGUCGAAGGUUCAUAGAGCUAAAGAGUGUUUGGAAGCAAUUCACCAACCUAAAGAACCAGAGGAAAAAUAAACAACUUUGUUCAGCAUGUUUAGUGUAUAGCAAGCUCUGCUGCAUAGUUGGUUUUAUCUAUAGUCAGUUUGUAGUUUUUGAUGGUGGAAUCGAUUUUACUGAAGUAACUUGAGGUUACUAUUCAAGUUUUAUGUGUGGUAUAUCUGGAAUAUACAAAAAAAAAACAUUGUAGAA